UAUUAUUAAAUAUACAUAUUAUUCUAUAAUGUAUAUCUAUAGAUAUAUAUAUCUUUGUGUUUAUUUUUCAUUACUUGGACAAUUUUAAUAUUUUUGAAUUGUGAAAAAAGUUACAGAAAACAUGACUGUUACUUAUACGCACGAGGUUGCAAAUGCAAGAUUAGGAGGUUUCUCAAAUCUACUCCUACGAUGGAAAGGAAGCGUUUAUAAAUUGUUUUAUAAAGAAUUCAUCAUAUACAUAACACUCUACACCAUUCUGUCAUUGGUAUAUCGAUAUGUCAGUCAUUCAGAUUUCAAAAAUUAUUUCGAGAAAUUAUGUUUGCAGUUUCAAAGUUAUACCGACCUCGUUCCAAUCAGUUUUGUAUUAGGUUUCUAUGUCAGCAUGGUCGUCGGAAGAUGGUGGCAACAGUAUUUAAAUAUACCAUGGCCAGAUCGACUUAUGAUGGUGAUUUCUGCUAAUGUACAUGGACCAGAUUACCGAGGGAGAUUAAUCCGCCGGACACUCGUCCGAUAUCUAAGCUUGAUGCAAGUUUUGACUUACCGUUCAAUUUCUACUGCAGUAUUUAAAAGAUUUCCAACAAUACAGCAUGUAAUAGAUGCAGGCUUCAUGACGCAAACAGAAUACAAGCAAUAUGAAAAUGUAAAAACGGAAAAUGUAAAAUAUUUUAUUCCAUGCGUUUGGUUUUCGAAUCUUCUUUCUAAAGUUCGACAAGAAGGCAGAAUAUACGACGACAUGACAUAUCAAACUCUACUGAAGGAACUGAACGACUUUCGUGGAUGCUGUGGAAUGUUAUUUAGUUACGAUUGGAUCAGUAUACCACUUGUAUAUACACAGGUUGUGACGGUAGCGGUCUACGUUUUCUUCAUGUCCACACUUCUGAGUCGUCAAUAUUUAGACGUUACCAAAGGAUAUCCUGGACAUGAAGUUGAUUUAUAUGUCCCUAUAUUCACGAUCUGCCAAUUUUUCUUCUACGUUGGGUGGCUUAAGGUUGCCGAGCAGCUUAUCAACCCGUUUGGAGAAGAUGACGAUGAUUUUGAUGUGAAUAUGAUUAUCGAUAGAAAUCUAGAAUUGUCAAUGUUAACUGUUGAUAACAUGUACCUGAGUCAUCCAAAGUUGGAAAGAGAUAUCUACUGGGACAACCCAAACCCAGCUAUACCAUACACUGCUGCUGCGGCUAAUCAUAAAAUGGACGCUUUUCUGGGUUCUACCAUUGAUAUGAGCUUGGAUCGAUAUGAGAUGCGAUUUUUAGAACAAGCCGAUGCACCUCAGAACAAGAAAGACAACAAUCAUCUAGAUAUUAAUCAUAACGAUGCAGCAUAUCAAACGAAAACAGAACAAAACACUUUACUGAAGGAGCCGCCGCCUUUUACACCAAAGCAACCUCCCACCAGGACAACAAAUCCUGUGAAUUUUUGGAAGAGAAUUACAGGAAAGGAACAAGAAAGUGAAGCGAAGAAAUCAUUAUUAAAAAUGGACUACCUCUCACCGCGUGCCAGUAGUAAUAACGAGAAAAAUGAGAACAAAAAGAGAUCGACCGAUAACGACGAUAUUCUAUCUGCAGAUUCGGACUCAGAUUCCGAUGUUGCAGAUAGUUCGUCAGACGAUGGAUCGGGAGAUAAUCGAAGUCAAAGACGAACUAGUUUGUCUUCAGAAGAAGGAGAAUGCGUAGAAAAAAAUAACACUGACGACGACGCGCCUUGUGAUUCUCAACGCUCAUUGUCAGCAAAAAAACAUUCGAUAGGUGAAUCGGAUGAUAGACCUAAAGCAAAGAAACCGAAAAAUGCGUCCCAACCUCUUACUAACACAAAAGAUUCGUGUUCAAAACCCAAACGUCCCGAUGUUCUUGUUACUAAGCCAAGCGAAAGUGAUUUGAAAAAGAUGGGCGGUCGGUUUGUUAUGAGCAGAGCAAAGAAGUCUCCCAAAAAGAAGGUGAAUACAACGAAAUUUCUGAAGAGACGUAAUCAAGAGGAAACUGAAGACGAACGACGAAACGCUCAAAAGAGAACUAUUGGACUACUGAAAGCCAAUAAAAAAAAAUCAGUGCAAGCGUUGCAGAGAAACGCGCGACGAACAAACUACCCUGGAAACGCAUGGCUGAGAUAUAAUUACUCUCAUCCAUUGCUAGAUAGGAGAGAUUUUCCAAACGCUGCUGAUUACACAUCUAUGACGAGUGGAGCGGAAGAUCACGGAAGAGCUGAAUAUUAUGAUUCACCAUUCGGUUCAAUCAUAUCGUUCGGAACGUCCAUACCAUCACCUAGACCUUUGAGAUUUUCACAAUUUGUAAAACGGGGAAGAAGAAAAAAUUUUGAUAGUAUAUCCGCGUCAUCUUGCAUGACAAGUCCAUGUGCAAAUGAAGACUACUCUCCAUCGUUUGGAUUUUGCAAUGGGUCUCCACGAUCGAGGGAAGAUUUCAUACAUCAACCUCAUCUACAGCCUUCUACUUCAAUUAGCAUGCCUUUUACUGAAGAUCUGCGUCGCAGACUUCUUGUUGUCAACACCAACACUCCAAACUCGUCUAACGCUACUUCGCCUAUUAUGUCCCGCGCAUAUUUAGGGAUGCCAGAAUCUAACAAUCACAAUCCGUUUAUUCACACACAACCAACACUUACCCAAUCCGACGACUUACUUAUGAUUGCGCCCACUAACGGACCAACAACGAGCAACACGUGGAGCGGGAAACUAGAAGUCAUUGGAGAAAAUCCAACAUCUGAAAAGUCGAUUUCAAACGUAGUCGGUACCGAUGAAAGGACAUCCGAAAAAAUUAAGAAUGAAUCCCUAAACGAACCGCAAACAUCUUUGCAACGUAGCACUCAAAUUAACAUGACUUUGCCAAAGACAAACGUCGAUAAAACUGGAAAGACGCCUGUUCCACAACUUGUUUCUAACCAAAACAAAGUCGGUAAUUGUGCCAACAGUAAGUCGACACGCAAUAUCCUACGAUCAAAAAGUUGUCCAGAUGUUCCAAUAUCAAAAAGUAACACUGCCAUUCCUAUUGAACCUAUUGAAGUUGAUAAUUCUGAAAAAGCAGAAGAUAGUUCAUCGGACGAUGAGGAAGAAAACACAGAAAUGAACAGACUACUUAAAUCUAAUGUUUUUCAGUCCACGGCCACCCUCACAAACACCUCCAGAACCACCUCACCAAAUCAUCGCGUCUCUGUACACUGGGAAAACGAAUGCAAUCAAUCCAACAAACCUGAUGUAGAUGAGAUUUCCGAAAUUGCUGAUGACGUGAUCAACACAAGUUCAGAAUACGCAUAUAAAGAACUCGCCCGCUACAACUCCAGUGAGCUGACUCCGCUAAUAUCUCCCGAUGCAUCGAUAGAUACAAGCAAAAACGAAAUUGAACAAUUUUCAGAAAACUCAAGUAAAAGAGUAAUCAGUUUGGACAACGGCCUUGGCACUAAUACAGAAACGGCGAAGAAUACAACGAAGUCGAUUCCUGGACACCCAAGCUCGAUUGCAUCGGAUCUUGGGUAUGAUAGCGCCAAAGAAGAACCCGAUGGAACUGGUUCUGUAAAACGGUUAGAUCCACUAUCUAAAAUCAGAGAUUUUCAAACGAUGGCACCUUCAAGAAACAGUUUUCAAGCAAUUGCUAAAAUCGUCUCCAAAGAGAAAACAGGAAUAUCAAAAGGCAAUCCAACCUCGAGCUGCAGCAACGAACCAGAAUGCGCAGAAAGUGUCGUUGUAUCUGAAGUGAACUAUAAAAACGAUGAUACAAUACUAAAUAUUGUUUAAUUUCGACAAUGCCUAAUGGAUAUGUCUCUGUAUAUAAGUAUAUUCAUAUCAAAAAUCGAUACUAGACUUUUUCGAAUUUAGAUGCCAUAUGGCACGAACCUCAAUCACAGUAGCUUUUUGGGUUUAUACUUUUCAUAGCCAAUUUAGUUUUAUUGAAGACUUCGUUCUGCAUCUAAUCAAUACAACAAAUAAUUGUAUUUCGCGCAAUCAUCUUUUUAUAUAUAUUUUUAAAUACAUCAGUUGAUUUGUAUUUUAGUUGUUUUAGCAUAACUGUUUUAGAAAAUUUCUACCUUGACGUUCAGUAUUUGUAUAUUAUAUAUGUAUAUUUUGUUCCAUCGUAUUUUGUUCCACUUUUUGGCGCUAUUUUUCCUUAGGUCGUUUAUAGCAUCUUUGUUAGUUUUGAUAUGGUUCAACUUCUGCUAGCUAAAUAAAAUAUUUAUAUAACUUCAAUUAGCGAUGACUAUCCAAACUCACUGUUCGUAUAGAUGUAUCUGUGUGUAUGAAUUGCACUGAUUACACCGCGAGAAACACUAAAAAUUGUUUAAUAUGACCUGGACAAGUCCAAUUGAUGGAACGUGUAACGAAGUAGGGUUUCUCCGCAGUACGCGUCUGGAAUAUACAAUUUUUGACUGGCGUGUUCCGGUCACAUAAUACAACUCAAAAUACAAUUUAUCCAAUAUUAUAAUUAAGGUCGACUGUGUAAUUAGCUGUGAAUAUCUGCUUCUUUAUAACUAUUUUUUUAUUGUGUUUUUUUUUUCAAUUUUAGUGUUUGCACCGUCUAUUUCAGAAACACCGUAUUUGUCGAUUCGUUCAAUUCCAUGACGAAGAAAAGUAAAUAUAGUUGUUCCGCGAA